GAGUAAAUAGGGAGCAUAUUGAUCAAGUUGCAUAUCCUUACUUCCCGAGUUGUUGUGGUCGAUAUAAUCACCAUUUUGAAUCCGCCGUUUCAACUCUCCUCGGCAGCAAACAUGGUAGAUCUAACAAAUCUUCUCGUGGUACUGGGAAAGGAGCUCUGGUUAACACAGUAAGGGAUUUUAUUGCACUUGGACCACUGAUUUGGCUCCGAGUUGGGGUGUUCGUUCACUGGAAGUUCUCUCUUUGACCCUCACUCGCUAGACCACCCAUAACCUGUUUGAGACCCGUUUUUUCUGUAGCAACCCCAAGAAAUCUGCAAAAUGGAGUAGAACAGUGAGAUACUCUCUUCAAAGUUAAAAAAGGGGGGGGGGGAAUUGAGAUGAUUAACAGAAUUGAUUCUUGGUCAUUAAGAAAUUUCUGGAACCCGAAGCAGAUUUGUAGCUCCAGAUCAUCUUCUUCGUCGAUGGAACGAUGUAUAAAAGCUGGAAAAAGUAUUAUGACUGGGAGGGUAAUUGACACAUCAGUACUAGCCCUCUUCUGCCAAAUCCAAGCUAACUUCUUUCAUCGUCAUCGUCCAUCAAACAAACAUACCUGUGAGCACGAUCAGUCCAUUUAGAUCAAGAAAAAUAGAAGAUAGCAGAACUCAACAAAGAUUGUUGGUCACCCGUCACUCUUACCUCAAGAAAUAUUAAAGCGCAAUGAGAAAGAACAACUUCCUCUGUCUUAUCGUGCCAACGAUUCCAUAAGAGAUUCCAUUCUUACAAAAGCAUUCAUCGCAAUCAACCACGCUUUCUAGAUAACAGAGAAGAAAAAAAGUGAAGUACACACGCCAAAGCCAAGAAGAACGGUAACAAAGGGAUUCCUCAAACCCGGUUUAGAUACGUAGCUUUAGAUCGUUUUCUUCGUCUUUAAGGUCUUCCACAGUCAAGGAUGAAACCUAGGGAAGAGAGGAUGAGGGCAGGAUGAGAGAUCGGUAGGCUGGUGUCUGUAAACCCUGAAGACGAUAGGCAAUUUUCCGAGCGAGCAUCUUUAGGAGAAGGGGAGAAAGAUGGAGAGAGAGGGAGAAAAAUUGGGGUUGAGAAAAAAAUAGAAGAGUAGAUGAAAUAGAGAGAAGUUGAUUUGUCUCUUCCCAAUAAGCCUUGAUUUUUCCCCUUCUUUUUCCAUUUUCCAUUUUCCUUCCGUAGAGAGGCAUGGGAUUGUGAGCUGGGUGGCAGGAAAAAAUUGGAAGUAGGAGAGAGUUGGUCUGUCUUUUCCCAAUAAGCCUUGAUUGAUGGCUUCAGGAUAAAGUAGAUUUUGCUUUUUCCUUCUCUGAGCUUCAAGAACCGAGGCGGCAAUGUGGCUCUGCUUACAACCAAGGAAGUUGCAAGGUGCAGACUCACCCCCAGCUUCCCUCUCUCCAACGUGGCCUCACUGCUUCCAUGCAUUCAGUCCAGAACUCUGCAAUCAACGGUCAUCUCAAGCAAAAAGCAAAACCAAAAAUAGUAGCCUCUGCCUCUCAGGUCCCAGAACUCGAAGCGGCAAAUAAUUUCCAUAAAUCGAUAUUUGUUCCUGCAGAGCUCAGUCACUUCAGUACUUUCCCCAAAACCCUCCAGCCUCUCUAAGCCUCUCCCUGCAUCGAACAACGCGAGCCCAUCCCUCUCAAUAUCUCUCUGUGUAUCUGAAGAAUCCUUUUUUGUCUCUCGAACGACUCAUCUCUCCACUGAGCAGAACACCCAGAGCAACUGAUUAAGCCUCGACUGGCGCACCCGCUAGGGGAAAAGUCACAUACCGAUCUCUGAUGACCAACGCGCGUCCGGGCCACCAAACGACCCCAACUAAGGCCAACCAGAAGCUAACGACCAGUCCCACCCCGACCGAGCCCCCAAACUCCGUCAGAUCCCAAUGAGGCCUCACCCAACAACAGCCCACACGCCAGCCCACGCCAGUUUGAAACAGUAAAUCUCAGUCACAAUGGACAGUAAAAGGUGUCUGCGUGUACAGUACCAGGGGCUGCGGUGGGUUUCUUUCUUUCAAUGUACAUGCUAACUAUGUCAAUUUAAUUACCUAGUGUAUCCUGUAUAAUUCUUUGGCGAUCUAAUGAAUUGCUUAGCACUUGAUCUAUUUGAAAUAUUUUACUCUAUUUUAGUAUAUUCAUCUAUGCAUAUAUUUACUUAAUGAAUUCCCUUAACACGAAAAUUCAUGCUCAAUAGAACGUGACAAAACGUGUGACCAAAUCCAUCGAAAGUCGACAAUAAUUCAAAAAUUAAGUUUACACAUCAAAAUUAUCAUCCAAAGUAAAAAUCGAUAUCUAAAUUUAACACGAUCAAUAGAACGUGUAAAAUUUUCCCUUUUCAAAAAUCGAUUAAAAUUACCGACUACGUGGACUUUGAUCCCGACUACUCGGGUACGUAGGCAACCAAUAGGUUUCAAGUCCAACUAACAAAUUUUCUCCACAUUCCUAAUGUGUGAGACUCAACAUUUAAAAAUCCCAAAAUUAAACCGAACUACGUGGACUUUGAUCCCGACUACUUGGGUACGUAGGCAACCAAUAGGUUUCAAGUCCGACUAACAAAUUUUCUCCACAUUUCAAUAUGUGAGAGACUCAACAUUUAAAACUCAAAAUAAGCGAACUACGUGGACUUUGAUCUCAGCUACUCGGGUACGUAGGCAACCAAUAGGUUUCAAGUCCAACUAACAAAUUUUCUCCACAUUCCUAAUGUGUGAGACUCAACAUUUAUAACUCAAAACUACUAAAUCAAACUACGUGGACUUUGAUUCCGACUAUUCUGAUACGUAGGCAACCAAUAGGUUCGAGUCCAACUAAUUAUAAAACUAUUUCUUUACCUUUUGGGAAUUACGUCAAUAGACGUAAUGAUCGAAUCGUAUAUUAAUAAAUAUCAAAUUAAAUCAAAUCACAUCACAUAAUUAAAUAAGCAAUAAUGCGCAAACAAUAACACACCCAACCCUUUAAAACUUAUCGAUUUAAGUAAUACCAAUUUUGGGCGUUGUGGGGUGUGAAUACACUUCCCCACACGUAACCGUACUCCCGAACCCAAAAUCCUAAAUUUCGCAGACCAAAUCCCGGUUUUGACGCUAAGGUUGAGACCGGACCAAAUCUGUUCGAUCCACCGCAAAAUAAGAUCGAUGGCGACUCCGAGCAUAUUCGCGACGGAUCCUAUGAUACGGAGUGGCGGUUGCGACAAUUGAAGAUAAGUUUUUACAGUAUGAUGUUUCGUGAUAGUGGUCACUUGCUUCCAGAUUUAAAAGUGUGGUUCUAAUUACUUUAAUAUAAAAAGCACGAGUGAUAGCAAUAAUUGGAGCAGAUACAAGAUGGUUUGAUAUCUUUCUCUCUGCAAGGAAUAAAUACAUGGUGAGCAUAUGCUGUCAUGGGAAAGACAAAUCGAACACUUUGUGUUUGUAGUAUAGCAUGUUGAUAUAUACGCAUGUAUAGACCCGAUCGAUUGGACAUAUCCACUUGGAAUUUAUUGACGGGAUUUUUGCUCAUUAAAACCGCGUGCCAAGUAAACUCCCUCCUCAAUCCUUAUUUUUGUUAAUCUGCACAUGCACACCCUCAUAGGAACACAUGUACAGAAUUAAAAUUUAGGUACUUCAUUAGUGUUGUUUCCAUAGGAUUGUAUUAUUUGAGGUGGUUGUUCUAGAAUUAUGAAUCGUGAUUGUAUCUCCUCUAAGAAAUUGUCAAGAUAAGCUGUAAAAGAGGCUAACCUGAGCUUCCUCUUUAAUUUAGAUGGUAAGAGAGCAAUGACCCACGUCAAAUUGAUUGAGGGUUGACAAUGCCUGAGAAACAUUUUAGCCUUUUUCAGAGUAUCACAAGAUCCUGAUAGUAUCUCAACCAAAGCAAUUUUUGUUUUAAUGCCCGAUGUGGUUACAAAUUGUUAACCUAGAGGAGAGCCCCAGCAAGUUAGCUCUUGGAGUUGCGAUGCGAAAAUGGGUAAGGUAGAAAUGGUUUAUAUAAAAGGCCAUACUAUAAUCAUAUAGAAUGCGUUGGUAGAGAUAGUCAUCUAUCUCAUUUUAUUGAUGAAGCCAUUGGUACUCUAAAUUUUACAAGGCUAUUAUAAUGAUCAUCCCUUUCAUUUCAUGUAAAUUUGUAUUAUGACUAAAGUGAUAAUACCCCAAGCCAUAAAUUGCAGCAAGGAAUGGUCGUUUGAAUUAAUGUGCACUGAUGCAAAAUGCCAUAUAUCUGCCAAGAAAAAAGACUAAGAGUGGAUCAAUCAGUGUGUUUGCUGUCGAGAAGGAUAAAAAUCGUGAUAAUGGGGAUGGUUCAUGAUGUACAAAAAUAUAGGGCAAACCCAAUUAUCAAUAGAAAGUACAGAGCUGUUAGUCAUUUGUGUGUUUAGUGUACCUGAGUGGUUAGGAGUGAUUUGGUAGGAUUUACAGUGAUAGGGAUAUUGACAAAAGUUAUUAUGUGUUGGUGCUUCCACGCAUAUAUUGCUUGACUGUUUUUUUUGUUUAUAUAUGAGAUUUCUACAGCAGAUUGCAUGCUUUUGUAUUUUUUUCUGUCAUUUUAAUUAACAAAACUAUAUUUCAGAAAAAACUGGCUGACGCAUUCCAUCGACUUGAUUUGGGCAUUCCUGGUUUUUGUUUUCUCAGCCAGGGAUUCAUCGCCUUUGGUGUCAUUGUGGUUUUUGGUCUAAGGGCAAUCCAUAUUGGGGUUUUCUUAUGAAAUCUCUUGGUGGCUUCCAUUUUUACCAUUGAUAAUUGGAGCUAGGUAAUCAUUAUUUUGAUUUUUUCAUGUUCACUCUAGGGGCAUCAUGAUGCAUGGCAAUAGUGGCUAUAUUUAAGGCUAAUGACUUGGUUUGGAUUGUCCAUUAUAGUGUUUAAUGUUUUACUGUUUGGGGUUUUGUGUCAUUGUGGUUUUUGGUCUAAGGGCAAUCCAUAUUGGGGGUUUCUUAUGAAAUCUCUUGGUGGCUUCCAUUUUUACCAUUGAUAAUUGGAGCUAGGUAAUCAUUAUUUUGGUUUUUUCAUGUUCACUCUAGGGGCAUCAUGAUGCAUGGCAAUAGUGGCUAUAUUUAAGGCUAAUGACUUGGUUUGGAUUGUCCAUUAUAGUGUUUAAUGUUUUACUGUUUUCUUUUAUAAUACAAUGGGAUGAUGACUUUCCAUAAUAUUAUUAUAUAUGAUGUUGUUGACCUACCUCCGACCAUCGCCAUAUACAUGUUAACGGAUGAUAUCAGUUAGAAUCUAAGAGUCAAUUUCCGCGACUACGUCCCACCAAGGGCCGGGUAAUGAGCUAGUACUAAAAUUAUGAUUUAAUCUUCUCAUAACGCGAAAAUCGUCUACCGUUUGAGUUUUGAUAUAGGUAAAUGACAAGAUUGGUCACUGAGAUUACUAAAAGCUGUCACAUUUAGUCAGUAAAAAAAUAUUUAAUUCCAUUCAUGAUCACUAAAUUUAUAUUUUCGUAUCAUCAAUGGUCACUCUCCGUCCAUCUCCGUUAAAUCUAUACUACGUGGCGGUCAACUCAAAUAGUUGACCGUUAAAUAAGUAUUGUGUCAUUUAAAAAAUAAUAAACAAAUAAUACUUAAUUAUUUUUAAUUCCACCUCACAAAUACCGUAACUAAAUAAAAAAUUAAUUUUCUUUUUUACUCUCUCCUCAGUCUCCUCUCUAGUCUCUACCCGGCGGAAGAAGAAAAACUCCGACCACCAGCUCUCCUACCACCACCAAAAUUCCAACCACUCCUCUCCGCUCUAGUAUUUUCCAUCCUAUUUAUCUUUGUUUCUCCUCUAGGAGAGCAUAACCAAAGCUACGCUUCCUUCCAAACCCCUCAAUCUACCCUCUUUGCUCUUUUACUUUACUGGUAGCGAUUAGAAAAAGUGAAAGACGAUAGUAAUGACGAAAAUGACGCCGAUGGACGCCGACGACGACAUUAGAGGUUGGAGGAAAUGGAAGUCAAAGGCGAAGAGGACCUGGAUACCCUCGGCAGCGGCCACAACGGAGACCACCAGAGACUUCCCAAUUAGCUCGGGUCAGGGCAUGGUGGAUCUCUGGGGAAGUAGCACCUGGGUUAAGCAUCGCUUAAACCAGAGAGGUGAAGGGGGAUCCGAAAGACGUGACAUGUAAAGCGGUGGAGUUGGGUUUGUAGUAAUGAUGGAUUUGUGGUGUUUGUUGGGAAAUUACAAAUUAGCCAAUUACUGUGUGCACAAUGCGAAAUGCCCUGUUCUUGUUGUCAAGAAGCCAUUCUGUAAUUGAUUCAGCUUGAUCUGGGUUUUCUGCGGAUUGUUGCUGGUGGCUGUAAGAUUGAUGAGGGUUUCUACGGAUUAUGUGACUAUGAAAGCCAAAAGUAAAGAUUGGGAUGGUUGGCGGUGAAGCGGGAGGUGAAAGGAACGGUGGUGUGGAAGCGGAGAGCGUGGGUGUUGGUGGUGGUCGAAGUUAAAAUUUUCCGCCGGGAAGAGACUAGAGAAAAGCAAAUUAAUUUGUAUGUUUAGUUAUUGUAUUUGUGAGGUGGAAUUAAAAAGUUAUUAAGUU